AUGGUGUCAUUCUUUGGCAUAAAAUUCAAAGGGGAGAAGAAGAAGAAGAAACCACCGCCGGAGAGACCUCCUCUCCUAAAGUCGCCAUGGAGGCAAGAGGAAAAGAUCGAAAACCCCGAGCUGUUCGCCCCUUCGUUAAAUCACCCCAGGAUAUUUCGUGGCGGCGAGCGGCCGGAAUCCAGGCCGAACUCUGUCAUAGACCGAAUGUCGAGGCCUGGGACAGCCAUGUCGAUGCGGUCCGCUGUCGGUAUGGUGCGGCCACCCUUUGCCAGCGGUCUCUAUGCGAACGGUGGGGCAUCAAGCAUGAUUGACCUUACGGCGCCUCCUUCGAAUCCCCCAUCGAUCUCGAACUUCCGCAUGAACUCCUCGGUAGAUUUGCGCCAUCACUUCGGACACACGGGAUCCAUCAGCAGUAUAGACUCUCGUCCCGGCACAUCUUCCGGUAUGGAAAGACCGACCUUGGAGUUGCCUUUUGGCAAGGACUUGGCAGCACCCCGUUCUCGUGGACGUUCGCCACUGGGCUCUUCGGCAACUGCGGAGGAUUUUGCCGCUUCGAGACACGAACCGGACAGCCCUCCGAGACUUAACGGUCCUCCCGUUUUCGUACAUGAACCCUCGGACGAGUCUGAACGCGACGCUCGGAGGGGGAUCCCGUCUCCUCCCCACUCCAUCCUCGAUACGGACAAGCCGAGCGCCAUCGAACUGAGCGCACCAGAUACGAAGCGCAGUGCCAGCUCUCUCAGGCAUGUAAGCAACGCCGGAGACGAGGACGCUGGCCGCCACCGCCUUUCCUCCGGCACGACUUCACCCACACCUUCGACGUCUCUUUCAGCAAGUGGAUCUCAACGUCCCGCUCCUCUACCUUCUCCAGCACCAUCUGACGCUACGAAACGCGAAAGCGACGAGUCAGAAGCCCCACGAUGGGGCAUACCUGUAAUUCAAACUGUCCAAUCACGCCGGGAUACGCUGAAGGUCGAAAUGCCCCGGCAGCCUAGUAUCAUGAUGAAUAUCGAGGACCUGGGUAAAUCACCCUUUGCCGACUUUAAGUUCACUGAUGAUAGCGAUGAGGACGAGAAGAAGACUUCGCCUCCACCUACCACACGGCCACAUGUGCUCCCCUCCCCUACAUCUCCGAGGGAGAUGUUCCGUGCUAACCGGCCAGCGCCUCUGCAACUGAACACCUCCCCACCGAAGCCCAACGUCGUCGCGGCUCCUACCUCAGCCGGGCUGGGCAUCGCAUCUCCAAGCUGGCCGCUUGCAAACGACUCCGUCCUUACCCCCGAUCGUAAUAAUGAGCAAGGAGCGCAGACGCCCCACCAAUUUGAGGCUCCUGCCCUCAUCAUGGGUUCCACUCCACCCCGGAGCCCAGUGCACGCAGAGAUCCGCGGCCGGCAAAUGCACCCCGAUGUGCUCAGACCUGGACCUGCAAUGAGGCCACCUCCCGGACCGGCGAGGGGCCCAUCCCCGCAGGACAUGCGACACGGUCCCCCGCCGGGCCGCGGACCUUCCCCACCCAGAGGUAGGGGUCCUCACCCGAAUCAUCCAAACAAUGGAAACCCCGGACCCAGAAGAUCCCCCACCGAAGGAAUGGGGCCCCGCCCUAGACCCGGACCAGGUCCCGGCCCCGGGCCACGGCCUAACGGCAUGGCGCCGCAUCCACCCCGUGGUCCCAUGGGCCCCAUGGGACGAGGCGGUCCUAUGAGGUCGCCACCACCUCCAGGUAUGCGGCCGUAUAAUGGGUCCCCAGGACCUCGAGGUCCACCACCCAACAGGGCUAUGGACCCCCGUGGCCCUCCCAAUGAUCACCCGCACCCGCCCCGACAAGGCCAGGGCCGACCUACCAUACGAGCCGUUCAAGAACCCGUGGAGCGGCCACGACCAGCCGAACUCGCGAGGUUCCAGGAUGUUGAGCUCGACUUAUCUUUUACCUUCCCUAGCCCCAAGAACUUCGAGCCCGAGGUUCGCAGCUCUGACUUUUCCGCUCCCCGAGAGGCUCCACAACGCUCGCCAAUGGCGGCGCCGUCGUCUGGCGGCCAUCUACCCGUAUCGCCACUAAGCGACACCAACUGGCCCCUAUCCGUGCCGAUGCCAUCGCCAUCAAUCUCUCUCCCUAGCUUCUCGGCGCCAACAACGCCUCUCCCGCUGACACCUACCCACAAGCCUCCCAUGUCCGACAGCGAGUCCUCGCCGCACCCCCCUCCAUCUCUACGAGUAGCUACCAACCGGCAACAGCCCAGCGACCUGCCACCUCUCGAACCUCCGCCGAAGAAUCCCAUGCGCACGGCAUCCCCAUCGCCAAUGGGAAGGAAGCCCCAGCAGCCCGCGGUGGGCAAGGCGCCGCCGAAGAAUCCGAGAGAGCAGUUUCUCGGAACGCAGAGUUUGGUGAGACAAACGGGGAUCCCGGAUAGGUUUGGCACGGCAUUUAUAUGA